UUCACAUCCUCACAUGUCCAAACAAGCCACACGUGCGCUAUUUAGUGAGUGAGUAGUGUUUAUAAUAAUAUAUUUCAUUCAUACAUCGUUCAUCGUCAUCUGAAUAGGAAGGCCAGUCGCUGUAUUGCACUGAGAUAUGGAUGACAUCGAAGCUGAGCUCAACAUUGCAGAAACACACGCGGAUUUUACACAAGAUGAAAGUGAACAUCGGCAACGGCUGAAAAGACCAGUCCAGCUUCACAGUCCAGUUAAAGACAGAGGUAUUUUCACAGCGAGCUACUUUCUGAAGUGCAACAGAAAGUGUCUAAAGCUGCUGAGAGAAGCGAUGCUGCAUCAUCAGUGGCAGGAGGCUGUGGGAUAUUUCAACUCUUACAUUCAGACACUGGAGGCCAAAACGUACCAUAGUUAUCAGUCUGUGGUUGCGGAGAUCUUGUGGAGAUUGGGCAUAGAAAUUCUGCAUCAUCUCCCAAACGCUAGCACUGAAGAUUUCAACGGUUUAUAUGAACAGCUGAAGAACGUGGGGGUCAUCAACUUCUCAAAGAUUAGUCUGGAGCACUGCUAUCAUCUCCUGCUAAAUGGACAGAUGGAUGAAGCCAAACGGCAGCUUUCCAUCGCAGAGAGCUGGAGAUACGGAAAGACAUCCCGAUCUCAAUCACUGAGCAAAACGCUGAUCACAGCCUACUGCGGCUUACUAGAUUACUUGAUCUGGAGCGAGAAGAAGUCCUCUGUGUCUGAAAACGAGGAGCUGAGCAGUAAUCAUGAGAUGCACAGUUACUUCAGACAGGCGUCAGUGACUCUAAAGGAUAUCAUCAGUCUGCCUGGAAUCUGGGACCCGUUUGUGCUGAGCUACAUUAAUAUGUUGGAGUUUUAUAAGCAGGAGGAGAGCGCUCUAGAGGCUCUGGAGAAUUACGCUUACAACAAGGAGUUUCCAUCAAACCCAAACGCUCAUGCUUAUCUGUACCAGUUCCUAAAGAGACACAACGCUCCAGAGGAAAAGCUCAUCAGCACAUUGAGGAUUCUGUACUCUUUAGUCCCGAGUCAUGAGCUGAUGCUGGAGCUCUGCAAUCUCCUGCUGGCAACCUUGGAAAGGAGUGACACUGAAGAAGCUCUCACUGUUUGCAUGGACCUUCUGGAGUUUUCCAGCUGGAAAACUGAUGUUAGAGCUUGGGAAUGCCUUUAUAGAAUUUUGAAGAAAAUUAGACAGAAGAAGUGGCAGGAGAUGAUACAGAAGGAGUGGAAGGUGCGGCGUUCGCUCUGGGUGCCUUUACAUUUCAGAGACUUCAUCGGCCUCAAAGACUGGAUGGACAACCAUAAACUUAUGAUGAUCAUCAAGAAGGACUGUCUGCGGAUCAUCAAUGAAAACAUGAGAGAAUACUUAAGAGUUGCAGCAAUAGCUGAGAAAGAAGUCCUCCAGCAGGUAAGGAUGAAAAGAAAAAAGAAGCAGCACAAAAUACAGAUGGCGAUUACUGAGCUGAUGAACUGAGAUCCCCUACAUUUGAAGCAAGAGGAUUUCCAUUCAAACAGGUUUACUCCAUUUUGUAAAGUAAAGAAAGUAAGAAGAUAAAUCUGUUUUUUUCAGUAUAUGUUCUUAAUGCGGGAUAAACUCAAAGUUGGGUUAAACGUGUACAUUGUUUGACAAAAAGAAUUUACCCAAUAUUGGGUCACAUUAACCCAGCAUAUAUGUAUAUUCACACUGUAUAUAAACGAGUCUGCUGAUUAAAGUCCUGAAAUGCAGUGUCAGUGUGCAUUAUUGUCCAGCAGGAGGCGCACAUGAUGUGUUUUACACAAAAUGCUGGGUUGUUUUUAUCCCAGCUUUGGGGUAAAAUAUGGACCAACCAUAAGUUAAAUAAUUCUAGUUAGUUUGUAGUUAUAGUAAUAAUAGUUAACUCAUUAUUUUCCAAUUCAAAUUAUUGUUUUACCCAGGUGUUGGGUUUGUUCAUGUUUGACCUACUGUUGUGUUAAAACAACCCAGUAUAUUUUAUUUUAGAGUAAACCUGUUGUAUUCUAGGAACUGAAGUCAGGUGAUUUUUUUUUAAGUGAAAUAU